CAAAUUCGUUCACGUCUGUCCCACAGACACCUAUUUCCACACGCAAAAUACUGCAUACUCAUGAUUACAGACCAAAGAAGUCGUCGCCACUUGCACCAGCACUAAUGCCAGCCUCGUCUUCUCCUGGACCAAUUUCGCCUGUAUCAGAGGUCCAAGCGCGUCGAAGAGGUCAAUAUAAAUCGCGUCUGCCAACUACCUCCUCUAUACCGUCAAUGAGAAGCGGUGCUAGAUUCCGGAAAGGUCCUACGAGGCCAAUUCCGUUCAAUCUUGGCCCAGUGACCGCCGAUGCCGGUCAAGCUGCGUUUCUACGGGAGCGUUUCAAAGCGGAUUGCCUAGAACGCGCUAGACGCGCACGAGAAAAGGGUUUGGCUCGUCGCAGAGCAUCAGCUUCGAGCGACGCCAGCAGUGAUGGCCUCGACGUGGAUAUGAACGUAGAUUCCGGAGAAGACGACGAAGCAGAUGACAACUACAACAGUGGCUUUGACGACGAGUUAUUCCAUCGUGUUAUAGCGAACGAAAAGCGAAAAAAAGCUCAUGCAUAUGCUCUUUCGUACGAACUGGAUGUCGGUUCAUCGUUUGAUCCCGACAUGGAAGAUCCAACUCUAUGGGAGGAGCAUCUCGCUCACGGUUCUAGCUCACAAUCCUCCAACCACCGGAGUCAAGUGUAUCCCGAAGACGAAACAUCGUUAUCUCCGGAUGAACUUGGAGACAUCCCUGAUUUUGACGAGUAUGAUCUCGACGACAUGAGCGCAUGGGCCGACGAGUAUAUCGCGAGCCUCCCAUUGGAAUCUAUUCCAGUGCAUCAUACAGCGAAUUCUAAUAUCCACUAUGACGAAGCCACACAUCAACAAAUGGACAUUACCAUGGGAUGAAGAAGGCUCAGGUUGUUCGGAAUUUUAAAUCCACCUUGCAUCUACUCUCGCUUUCGUUUCGCUUUAUGUACGGACGCAAUCAUCUAAAGUCGCUACAUCACCUUGCACAUCAUCUACACCUUUAUAAUGUUCGGUUCACAAGCACAGCUAUCGAAAUCUUUGCUAUGACCUACGUUGCGGAUCUAAUGUAUUCCUAUGUAUUUGUAAAUUGAUUCUUCGGUUUCC